AUGGGUGAACUGACAAUGGAGAAGAAAACCGUCACUAAUGCGUGCAUGGUCUACGCUGAUUACGCAGAGCUACAGGAUUUGUUAAAGACCAAAGAGGACUCUCAGUUGCCAAAUGUUCAACAGAACGCGCAAGCAGUCGAAAGCGGCAAUGUGCCAGAAAAAACGACACUGUCAAUCGCACAGUACAUGGGUGCACAUAUGAAACGAGAGCUUCGCCCGUGUGCAAUUUUUCUAAGCACAAACCAAGAGGAAAAACCGAAGGCUAUCCAGCAAUUGAUUUCGUCAUUGCAGAGAGUAGUACUGCUUUCCUGGUUGCUUGAGUGCUGGGCUCACCGAGACGAGUUCGAUUUUGUCACCGAGAAAAUAACACAUAACGUCAUGAAGACAUCAACAUUGGAUCUAAGCACCUUAGCAGCAGUUAAGAGCCGAAAACUUAUGACAAAUGAAGUUGGGGAUUUUCUCAUGUAA